GCUGUCAAACCAGGAGAAAACGCCAAAAGAAAAUCUUGACAUCAAAUAACACACGCUCCGCUUUCGCACAGUUUUGGUGGGGUAAAAGAAAAAGUUUUCCUAAAAAUCGUAAACGAAUAGUGUGUCGAACCUUGUCCUGAAGUAAUUGCUUCGGUGCACAGCAUAUAACAAUGGCUGGAAGAAGGGUGCCGGCGAACGAGGAUCUAUCGAACGUGGAGUUCGAAACAAGCGAAGAUGUCGAGGUGCUGCCGACGUUCAACUCAAUGGGGCUCCGGGAAGAGCUACUGCGGGGUAUUUAUGCGUAUGGUUUCGAGAAGCCUUCCGCCAUCCAGCAAAGAAGUAUUCAACCGAUCGUAAAGGGUCGCGAUGUCAUCGCACAGGCACAGUCCGGUACAGGCAAAACGGCGACCUUUUCCAUAUCCAUUUUGCAGUCGAUGGACACUACGCUGCGAGAAACGCAGGUUCUCUGUUUGUCUCCGACGCGCGAAUUGGCAGUUCAGAUUCAGAAAGUCAUUCUGGCGCUCGGUGAUUUUAUGAACGUACAGUGUCACGCCUGCAUCGGAGGUACCAACUUGGGGGAGGACAUUCGCAAACUGGACUAUGGCCAGCACGUAGUGAGUGGUACACCGGGCCGUGUGUUCGAUAUGAUCAAACGACGCGUGCUGCGUACGCGUUCCAUCAAGAUGUUGGUGCUGGAUGAAGCGGACGAAAUGCUUAACAAAGGAUUCAAGGAGCAGAUCUACGACGUUUACCGAUACCUGCCGCCAGCCACGCAGGUAGUGCUGAUUUCUGCUACACUUCCGCACGAAAUUCUCGAAAUGACCUCCAAGUUCAUGACCGACCCGAUCCGCAUUCUGGUCAAGCGUGAUGAACUGACGCUAGAGGGCAUCAAGCAGUUCUUCGUGGCCGUCGAGCGCGAGGAGUGGAAGUUCGAUACGCUGUGCGAUCUGUACGAUACGCUCACCAUCACGCAGGCAGUCAUUUUCUGCAACACCAGACGCAAGGUGGACUGGCUAACGGAGAAGAUGAGGGAAGCUAACUUCACCGUCAGCUCGAUGCACGGUGACAUGCCGCAGAAGGAGCGUGACGAAAUCAUGAAGGAGUUCCGUUCCGGGCAGAGCCGCGUACUGAUCACGACCGAUGUUUGGGCGCGCGGUAUCGACGUGCAGCAGGUAUCCCUUGUCAUUAACUACGAUUUGCCGAACAACCGUGAGCUGUACAUUCACCGUAUCGGUCGAUCGGGUCGGUUCGGUCGUAAGGGUGUUGCGAUUAACUUUGUGAAAUCUGACGAUAUCAGAAUUUUGCGAGACAUUGAACAGUACUACUCUACGCAGAUCGAUGAAAUGCCUAUGAACGUGGCGGAUCUUAUUUAAAUAUGUUUAUGGCAUGCACAUAGCAUGAUGCAGAAAUUUAACACAUUUGUACUAUUCAUCCGGGUUUGCACGAUUGUGCGAUGCAGCACCUAGAAAACGCAGUCUUUUAAGCGUGUAAUCAUACAUUCUCUAAGUUUUGGAAUCUAAACAUGGACUCAAAAUAAAUGGAUUAUUCAUCUCUAUCAUA